CGGACUUCACUGUUUGAAUCCGUAGAAGUAGAAUUUAGGGAAUUUAGCCUUGAAGUGCCAUGUGAAAAUGAUAAUGAAAUUGUGCAAUUUUUGCAUUUGAUACAUGUAACUGUUCACACAUUUUGUGUAAUAUGUCUUUUUUACGUGAUAUGUGAUUAUUACAACCCACAUUAAAUGUAAUUUUUUUAAAGCUCAUUUGUUUUUGGAGACUUAUUGGGGUUUGUCAAUGUCAGACAUGAUUUUGAAAUCUUCCAUGAUUAGCUAGGCCCUUGUAGUUUUGAGGAUGUGGGCAGGCGGACAUCAACAGGCAUCUGCAAAUGCCCAGCAAUGGUGGCAAAUGUCUUACAACUACCAGUAUCAAACUCAAUCUGCAGGUAAGCAUCACAAUUAAAGGCUGUAGAGUAAGUGGGAAUGCGCAGUACUGCUUGGCUUCAAUUCACCUUCAGCCUGGUGCGCAAUCUUCCAAGAGAGAGUGGAAGCUUGGUGUUUUAAUCCUAAGUUUGGAUUUCCACUUUUGAUUUGAUAUGCUAAAUUUUUUUAAAUAGACAUUGUAAUAAAACACAUUUCAUUAAGAACUAGCAGUGGUAGUGUAAAAAAUUAAAUAUAGCCUGCUUUGAUGCAGUGUUCUUGCUAUUCUUAUUUGGUGGCUAAAUUAUUUGUGGUACAUUUUGGACAUAUUGGAAUUGUGAGUAUGAUCUCUGAGAAUUUGAAGACAUGUUGUUUGUUAGCCUAAGAUAAGAGAGCCAACAUAUUUUCACUUUCAGAUGCGAGCCAAGACUGGGCUGCUAAAGCAGCUUUAUGGGCUCAACAACGAAUGGCACAGGAACAGAUGGCACAGUACUACCAGCAGCAGCCACCACCACAGGCAGGCCAUGCUCAGAUGCAUCAGCAGCCAGGGUAUGGUGGUUAUCAAGUUGGACAGCAGCAGCCACAAAUGUUGGUUGACAAUCAUCAGUAUCACCAAGGGUCUGAUGCCCCACCCCUCCCUCCAGAGGAAGCCCCAGACCCACCACCACCAGGGUGGUCAGAUGCAGCCAAUGUUGAAAGUCAACCUGCUAUUGAUAACAUUGAAACAGUGGCCAUGGAUGAUGGGACUGUGGGAACCAGUGUUACCAAGUUUGAAGAAAACAGCAAGCCUCUUUUUGAUCAUAAAGAAGAGCGCAAGCCAGUCAUUACUCAAGAUUACAAUCACCAGCCUGUGGCACCUGUGCUUCCUGGAAUGCAAACCUUUGAUCAUAACCAUGGGUUUGAUCGACCCCCUCCUCAGCAGUACAGCCAUGCAGCAGUCCAGCCCAUUGACUAUGGGCAUGGACAGAGUCUUGAUUAUGGCCAUCAAGCCCCACUCCUCCCAGGGGCACAGGUUUAUGAUUACCAACCUCAAUUUGAUAGUCAUUAUUAUCAUCAGCAGUCUUUUGAAAUGGAACGACAUCAUCCCAGGUUUGCACAUGAACAUGCCAAACCUAAAAGCCAUCCUUCAGUUGAUUCUUUGCCUGAUAUAAGUGCUGGACUAUCUGGUAAGUAAACCUCAUUUAUUUGGUUUGAAUGGCACCAGAAUUAGUUACAAGACAGAUCUCAAAUUUGACCCAUCAUCAAAUGUGGUGCUUUACAUUUGUACAUUUCUCUGCUUUAUGGUUAAAGGUUGCAGUGUUGUUAGAGAAUGUCAUGUGAAUUGGUGAACAUGGCCAACUUCAAAGCCAAUGGAGAAAAAGAAACCAUUCCAAGCAUGUCUAUGUAAAUAUUUUGUACAGUGUUGAGACAACCUGUAGCUUACUGAGUUCACAUUUGCUUCAUCUCUUGUAGAUGUGAAGAAAAAAGCUUUACCCUUGUGGAUAAGGGAAGGCCUUGAAAAGUUGGAAAGGAAAAAGCAGAAGCAGGAACAAGAGGAUGAUAAUGAACCAAAGAAGUCAACUGUGAAUUUGUCAGCAUCUGGGUCAUCCACCAUUGCUGGUUAUGAUCAUGGCAAAGUCCAUUCUCCCAUACGAUCUCCAAAGAGCAAUGAUUCUGAUGAGGUACAGUGUACAAACAAAAGCCUCCAUUUGGCGCAAAUGGGACAGAUUAUAAGGACAAAUAUGCAAGGACAAAUAUACAAGCAUAUUUUCAUGCCAAUCAGGGGCUUUUGUGUUUAUUAUACUUGAAAUGUUUUUGUAACAUGUGGGUAAAAUGGUUACAAAUGGCUUACUUUUUGUUGUGCUAUGAUGCUACUCCAUGACCAAACAUGUCCCAUCUUUUGUAACAAUAGCUAAACUCUCAUCUUAAUUAAUUUUUAAAUGAAUACUUUUAUUAUGGUAGAGGUAAAGUUUGAUAAUUGGGGAUUGUUAUGAGGUCUAUCCUUGGAUAUUUCCCAGUUUUUGUUGGGUGAUAGUCUAUCACAGAUUCGUUUAGACCAAUUUCAUGGAGCAAAAAUAUUUGAUAGAUUAUAAUUGGAUGUAUUUCCUCCUCUGCAUGGCAAUAAAAUCUUCCUUGUAUACAUGAUGGCUUUCAAAUAUUGUAUCUAGUCAUUAAUUUACUACUAUAACCUAUUGAAAAAUUGGUGGGUUGGAGGUCAAUUUUAAGCUGGUAAUAGCCUCUCAAGUAACCUGAGGGUUAGCUGAUAGUUAGAAGCUUCAAAAUUGAGCCAUGAGUGAACUGGAAUUCUUGUUUGCCUUUUGAAAGACAUUUUCACCUUUUGUCCAACAUUUCUCACAGAAAAAAAACUAUGUAAUUUGACUAUUAAAGAGAAAGCUUGGAUUAAGAUGAAUAUUUAUUUUCAUUUGUUUUUUAUUUAAGAUUCUAAGUAAAUUGACAUCUGAACAAAGCAACAUUCUAGAUUGUGACUGGCAAUGAAGCUAGUUACUUUUGAAUUCUUAUUAUUCUUUCUGACUGGAAAAAUGCCAGCGUUCACGAGUAAAAUUUAACAUGAAUACUCUUAUCAGAACUUUGAAAUCAAAUGUCAUGUACAUAUCAGUGCAACUUGUUUUGAAAAAUUAACUCUUUUUUUACUAGGAGAGUGACAAUGAAAAGGCCAGUCAGCAUUCAUCAGGGGAAGAAAGUGCUCCUGAUAGCCACAGUAAAGGCUCUGCUGUUAAAAGUCAGGAUUCCAAGCAAGGUCACUCAUUUCAUAAGAGGGCUCAGUCAUCAGACGAGGAAGAAGAGGAGGAGAAGACAGAAGAGGAGAAACAACAGGAACUGGUGUGUUUAAUUUAGUUUAGUUUUUUUUCCUCUCUUCACUGCUUGAUACACACUAUCUCCUACACACUAACAUGUAGAAAUAAGUUUGGCUUACCAUUUUAUAUUGUUGAUCAUCUGCUCAUUCAUAAACAUUAACCCAGAGGAAAAAAGAAGAAGUGAGGUGGAAUUUAUCAUGUAUAUUAGCAAAGUUGUGAUUAACUAAAACAAUAACAAGUAUUAUGGUGGAUCUCCUGGUGAAAUCAUUUCCAAUGUGGAUCAAGAUGUUGACCAGUUUGUAGUUUAGUCAAUAUUUUAUUGUCCAUUGUAAUCAAGUCAAAAUUGCUUGUGGUUCUUUGACUUCUCAGUUGGAUAGCUUCCUCCUUCCUAUGCUAGAUUUUUUUUUUUUUUUUUUUUACAAAAGUUAGGCAGAACAUUUCCAUUAACUUGCAAUUACCAAACGUCUCUAUUUAUGCAAGUACUGAAUGAAAGAGUUUGGAUGAAAUGGCAUAUGUAACUUUUUUCCUGUUUGUUUAUAGAUGGUGAACAUUCGUAAACUUCUAACGGAAGUCCUUUUAACGGUAACUAAUGAAGAGGUGAAAAAAAUUGCUCAGGAGACUUAUAAUGAGGCGCUUAGAGGUAAUGUGGCACUUCGCUUCAUAAAUGUUACUUUGAUAGAUUUUGGGAAUAUUACAUUAUAACCUGCUGUGUUUCUAAAUAAUUUUGUAGGUCCAGCUCGACAGCUGCAACACUCAGGAGGCUUGGAUGCUUUACGCGGAAAAGGAGGAUAUUUAGGUUUGUUAUGCUCACACUGGUGCACUUCUGUAUUAACAUGGAGCACUGUGUGAUGAUCCACAGAAGUGCAAGUGGAACUACUUUCUUUACGAUGUAGCCUUUGGUAACAUUUUAUUUGAGCGUUUUAUGCUGCCCCUACCAUGGUCACAGUCGCUUAUAGCACCAAAAGCAGGCUCUUGCUGAAAAGAGCAAUCAAUACGUAUGACUUGAUCUCAACUGAUUAAAAAAAAUUCCCCCUUAGCUCUUUAUCUUCCCAUCAUCAUAGGGAACACUUGUUAAGGUGCACAAUAUUUAGUCCCGAGCGUGUCCCUUGGGUGUUGGUUUCACCACAUAUACCAGCAAUUGGGUGGAAGCUAAGAUAUAUAUAUAUAUAUAUAUAUAUAUAUGCACGAACGAGACAAUAUCUCGCAGCCAAGUAGCUUAGAGUUGUUUCAGGCAGAUUAGAAGCAUUGUAAAAAUUUGUGUAGUAAAACCUGUGUCGCAGUAUUUUACCUCAGAGGAAAAUUUGAUCAAUCAAUUACACGAAUUCUUGAGGUGACUUAACAUAGUGUUGCGUUUCCUCUCAGGACUUGGAGGUUACGGCUCAGAUAGUGAAAGUGCAUCCGAGGAAGAUUCGGGCAAAGAAAAGCUAUAUGCUGAUGACGACGAGAGAAAACACCACGUCGCUGACGCGGAAGAUGAUGGAAAAAUACGAAGAAGCCGAUCGCGAAGCCAUCCUAGCAGAGAAACACAUCACAGGCACGAGUCUGCUUCUGAAAGCGAAGGAGAGGAAACCAACAGGAAAGAAUACCGCGAUGAAAAGCGCAGUAAAAAGGGGAGACGACAUCGGACUCCUGUCAGCUCAGACAGCGAAAGCGAGAGCUCUGUCUCGGCUCACGAAAAGAGUCGUCGGAAAAAGCAUCGUCGGCGAGACAGGAGUGAUACUCCAUCUCCGAACCGUCAAAAAAGACAUCGUCGACGUCACGGAAAGAAAAGCCGCUCACGAAGCAGAUCGCCGAGGAAACAGAGCAGCAGUAAAAAGAAAAGGAAAAGUGAUAGUGACUCAGCCGAGAGCGACACUGAUAGCAGACAUUCUAGUAUUAAACAUAAAUCAUCUAGACGUAGUAGGGAAUAUUCACAGAAGGACAAGAAACAUCGUCGUAAACGAAGAUCUUCCAGUUCGUCGCCACCGCGUAAUGAAAAGGACGGUAAGAAGGAGAGAAAACGGUGAUCGUGCAGUGGAUCAUUCAGGUGGAUUUUAUUUUCUGUUUCCAGUUUCUGUGAAUAACUAUUUCAAGUAUCACUGUUCUGUCCACGCUGUGUUCUGUUACCUUGCCUGGGUUUCAUAGAUAGAACGCUUAUAUGUGUAAUAUGUUUUAUGACAUCUCUUAAUUGUGGCCCAAACAUUUUCAAACCAAUGGUAUGAUUAUUGUCAUGCGUU